UAUCAAUUAAUCCGUUAAAAUGAGUGACCUAGACUAAUCAAUUGAAGCAAGAACAGAUAAAUUUGAAUGUAUUUAAUAUAACAAUUAUUUUAUAGCUGAUUUAAAUAGAGUAAGUUUAUAAUAAGAUGCAUUACUCCCUCUAUUACAAAUGAUUGAAUACAUUCCAUCAAUACAAAGAACAGAAGCAAAUGUUAAAUAAGUAUAAAAAAAACAAGAUAUCAAUGAAUAAAAAUAAGGAAGACUUGUAUUCAAUAUUCAUAAUAUUAUAUAGGAAAGAUGCGCUGAAAGAAAAUUAAGAGAAAUAGAAUCUAUGCCUUAAAAACCUUAAUUAGAGGUGUAAUAGGUAGAUUAAAGAAUUAAGGAUCUAGAAUCCUCUAUUAAUUGUUUAUAUAGGUAAAAUUUAAUACUAUCACUAGGUGGUAUGAAGCAAAAUUGAAAGAAGGAUCUUAAUAAAUUGUUCGUAGUAUUGAUGAUAAAUUGGGAACUGAUCCAAAUGCAGAAUUUAAUGAUUAAUUAUUGAUUGUUGUGAAUUAAACUAUCAAAAAUGCACUUGAUAAAAUGAGUGAAGAUUUUAGGGGAUAACUUUGUGAAAUUAGAUAAAUGCUAUGA